AUGUAUUCUAAUGACCAGCUGUAUGCAGUUGUAGUAAGAGCAUGCGCAGUGCGGGAAAGGAACACGGCGAAGAUUCAAAGUUUUUGUUCGGAUUAACCCUAACACCGACCAAGAAAUAGACUAUGUUUGGCUUUCACAAGUCAAAGAUCUACAGGAGUAACGAAGGCUGUUGCAUCUGCAAGACCAAGUCCUCCAGUUCUCGAUUCACAGACAGCAGUCGAUAUGAGGAGACAUUCAGGCUGUGUUUUGGGCUCUCUGAGGAUCGUGUUGGAGACAUCUGCAACGCCUGCGUCUUACUGGUGAAAAGGUGGAAAAAGCUGCCUCUUGGCUCCAAGAAAAAUUGGAACCAUGUGGUGGAUGCAAGAGCAGGUCCAGGCUUUAAGGUGACAAAACCCAAGAAGAUAAAAAAUGGAGAUGGGAAGAAGAAAAGCAAGCUAAAGAAGCUGCACAAGUUCAAGAGACAGAACUCUGAUGCCCACAGCACGACCUCCAGCGUGUCUCCUGCCCAGUCUCCCAGUUACAGCAACCAGUCAGAUGAUGGGUCAGACAUAGAGUCCAAGCAAAGACGCUCAGCUCCCUCUAUCUUCUCCUUCUUGGACCGUUCCUACUGGAAAAGACAAAAGGUGUGCUGUGGGAUUGUCUACAAGGGUCGGUUUGGAGAGGUGAUUAUUGAUCCCCGGCUUUUCAAGCCCUGCUGCAGUUCCAAAAAACAGAAGACACUGACAUCGCCCACGCAAGUGGCCACACACUUGCCGGACACACAACACCCAGAAGACAUAAAAGAAACCUGGUGAAUGCUGUUGUUGUUGUUGUUGAAUUUCCCUGUUCGGGUUAUCCAUGGCAUCCACCUGGAUUUGUCUCCAGUGGUAGACCCUCUCAUUUAUGCUCCUCCUCUUUCCUAUAGGCGGUUAGGUAGACCUUUUUUCCUUUGUAAUAUUCCUUUUUAUAUAGGUAUUUUUUUUUUUAAUUUUUUGUAAAGAAUUGAUUUUUCUUUCUUUCCUUCCUUUUUAUGUUUUUUAUAGAAAGCACAAAUGGAAAAAAAACCUUAUGGGCAUUAGUGUUAUUUAUAGGAUGAGGAGACAAAUUUUGCUAAGGCUCUGCUUUUGACUCUGGAUUAUAAUUUUUGUUUUUAUGACAUGAUCAUCCUUCUGUAAAUAUUUUGUCACCUUUUUUAUACAUAUCAGGAUUGUUUUGUUUUUCAUUAGUUGUUAAAUUGUAAGUGUAAAUGAAAGACACCAGCUUUUUUGUGAGUGGAGUGGCUCUUCAACAUUUUGCUAUGUUUUGUCUAUUAGUGCAAAUGAGUAUUUGAAUUUUCAUUUUAUUUUUUAUUUUUAAUACAAAAAUGGCUUUUUCCUAACACCGGGGAUCACUAGUAUAACUGUUCUUUAUCGAUUUAAUGAUCUUUUAAUAUGUGUAUAUAGAUGAGAACACGUAAUCUUUGGACAUGUAUACAGCUUUAGCAUGCCACAAGUUUGAAACACUCCAUUUUAAAUUUGUUCAGCAGUGUGUGCACAUUAACUGAUAGAUGUGGUUCGACCAUGCAUGCAGUACAUCCCUGUUUGUUGUGUUUUGGGUUUUUUUGUUUUUUAGUGGAUUUUGUAAAUACAAUAAUUUGCCUGUUGGAACGUCUAAACUUUUUUUUUUUUUUAAACAAUAACAGGAAUAGAAAACCACUACGUCUGU